CCCUAGAAGCCCAUUUGAUCAGUUUCAAAGUUUCCGCGUUUCAGUCCCAACAUCAAUCUAAAGUUCCAACCUUUGUUCGUAUAAAGCUCUAAAAACCUUCUCAAACACUUGUUUCAUUGUCUAAUUGAAGGAAAUGAAGUAUGUGAAGCCAUUGAGGUUACUGGGUGAUGCGUUGAAGACAAAAGUGUCAGUACCUGGUCGGUUUCUCGGGUUAGAUGUGGGUGAUAAGUAUGUUGGAUUAGCUGUUUCAGACCCUUCUAAUAUGAUUGCGUCUCCUUUGAGUGUUCUGCUAAGGAAGAAAACAAACAUUGACUUGAUGGCUACAGAUUUUCAGAAUCUGGUCAAGUCAUUUUCUGUGUCUGGCUUAGUAGUUGGUUAUCCUUUUGGCAAACUGAACAACGUAGAAGACGUUGUGAUUGUGAAUCUUUUCAUUGAGGAGCUUCGUAAAACCGAAAAACUCAAGGAUGUGAAGUACACUUAUUGGGACGAGCGGUUAUCAUCAAAGACCGUUGAACUGAUGUUGAAGCCUUUGAAACUGCAUCCAGUUCAAGAGAAGACGAUGUUGGACAAGUUUGCCGCUGUAGUUAUACUUCAGGAGUAUUUAGAUUACGCAAACAGGUAUGUAAAAACUGAGCCAGAAGAGUGAAAGAGAAACGGGUAGUGACAAGUUAGAUUGGAUGCUAACAGUCUCCUAUAAUCAGCUAUAAGAGCUAGUUUCAGAUAAAUGAGUAUGAUUUGUUGUGAAACUAUCAUCUCACAAUAAUAUCUCUCACGACCUUUGUUUUGGGCAGUAAUCAUAUCUUUAAACUUUAGGCAAAUAUGAAUAAGGCCUUUGUGUUACUACUAUGUACGUACUUCCAAUGUUCGAGUCAAGCAUCUCUUAGCUUC